GGGGAACAAGAGACCACUAGCACAGUGACUCUCACCGGGAGAGAAGCAGACGGCUCGGCGUUGUGCGCACGGCCUCCGGCAGGCAGGCUGGCCUCGAGCCGGAGAUGGCGUCCCUCGGCGCGGGGCUGCACUUCAGCCGCAAGCGGGCAAUGGGGAGGAGCACGGCGGUGGAGAGGAGGAACCUGCUCACCGUGUGCCGGUGUGAAUGGUUGUCUGUAUGUGUCCUGGCAUUGACUGGUGACCAGUCCCACGUCACACAAAGUCAGCUGGGAUAUGGAAUGGAAAUAUUUCAGCCACAUUGUAACAUUCUUGACUGUUUUCAGUGAAGACUCUCCUGGACCGCUCCUGUUUCGAGAGCAUGGACGACUCAUCUGCAGAGUUGGUCAACUUUGUGUCUAUCUUGGAGCAUAUCCUCAACCAUCGACUGAAAGGUCAGACAAUGUGGUUUGGCUACGAGAGUCCUCGGAGUUUCUGGGAUUUCAUCAAAGCCGCCUGUGGUAAAGUCCCUCAUAAUUGCAUCCGAAGCAUCGAGUGUAUGGAGAAUGUGCGGUCAUCCAAAGCUAAGGGUCGAGCUUGGAUCAGAGUGGUUCUCAUGGAGAAGAGAUUGUCUGAAUACAUCUCGUCCGCUCUCAGGGACCUUAGAACUACCAGGAAGUUUUAUGAGGAUGGGGCGAUCAUGCUGGGAGAGGAGGCGGGGCUUCUGUCCGACACACUCAUUGGACUCAACACCAUUGACUUCAGCUUCUGUCUGAAAGGCGAGGGUCUAGAUGUCGGCGGCCCCUCGGUCAUCGACUAUACGCCUUACUUGAAGUUCACUCAGAGCGCAGACAGCAUCAGCAGCGAUGAGGAGGAAUUGCGCACCCUGGGUAGCAGCGGAAGCGAAAGCAGCACCCCAGACAAGAUGGCCACGGCCGCCUCCAUCUUCACCGAGCAGAGCAACUUGGUCAGCAAGUGCAAGCGCUUUGAGCAGAAAUAUCGCAUGGCGCUGGAGCAGAAGGCUUACCUGGAGGAGCUGGUGCGUCUGCGCGAGUCGCAGCUGGCGAAGGCGUCGUCGCAUCACAAAGCUCUUGAGCAGAGCCUGGUGGACAUGCACUUGGCUCACUCGCUAGAGAAAGAACAGCUAGAGUUUAUCAUUUUGGAACUGCAGGAUCAACUGACAGUGUUGAAGAACAAUGACUUGCGGUCGCGACAGGAGUUGACAGCCCACCUGACCAAUCAGUGGCCGUCUCCUGACACUUUGGACGCCAAUGCCGUUGCCUUGGACGCGCUGUUGUACAGGAAGAGCCCUGGACAGUGGGAGGACAAGAGCCUUCACAAUCUGCCUACGGACAUGAGCCUAUCACAGAUGUCCCUCGAACCAUCACACACGCUAACGCUGGAAGCCAAACCACACUGGCCCCACCAAGGAAAAGAGCAGACGCCGUCUCUCCGAGGACUGUGCGGGUCUCUCACCUCGGUCAACAGUUUCAGGUCUCUGGCCAGUCUGAGGUCCAACGAGUGUCUAGCCAGUCCUGCCGCUGAGGUCAGCAGCCCGGGCUUCACCCCCACAUAAGAUCCCACAGCACAACUCAACCAGCCAUAUUCUCAGAGUACUAUUAUGUUGUUCUUCGUUGUAAUGUACAUUCUUAGUGCACUUACACUGAGAAGUUUCAGCAUGCUGUUGGAAUGAGCGCACUCAGCGAAGCAUUCUCUGACAUGAUGUACAGUAACUUUAACUGGAAUGCUUUGUAUUGAAAGACAUGUAUCAUGUGCCAACACUGGAAGAGUUGGUCUCCUCAAUGUCACUAAUUGUUUCUGGAGAAUCAUCAUGGGCCCUUCUCUCAUUUAUUAGGAUAUUUUAGAUUUUAACAUCUUUAGUUCUCAAGUAUUUUUGUGCCUUUGUUUUCAGUGUCGUACACAAUGCUGUAUUUUGUUCUCAGGUCAUGACCACUAUGAUUGAUACUCUCUAGCCUCAGUUUAAUCAGAUGUUUUCCCUUUAAUUAUUUCGAUUCCAAUGCAGUAAUUUACUUUGCCUUGUGGUGACUGUGAUACAACUGAAGUCAACUGUACUCUUCGCUUUAAAUUUGUGAAAACAUACAUUUGCGCGCCUGCACACAGACACACAAACACAGUUUUAUGGCAUAAGUCAAAUGUUUUAAGAAAAUAUAAGUACUCAUAAAUGGAUUUUAACAUAUAGUGAACCACAGCAUAUUGGCACUUCAACAUUCACAUAAUUCUUUUGGAACCUAUCCUGCUCUUUGCACAAAAAUUUAUCUAUUUGCUGUUUUGUUUUGGUGCUCAGGCUACAACAAUAAAGUGUUACUUUGGAGCCA